AUGAUGCUGCCAUCCCGGCAUUGCUCAUGCGGUCACCCUCGGCAAGAUAUUUGGUGGUUUAUUUUCACUGCAACGGCGUGGACUUGGGCAUGUGCAGAGGAUUCUGCAACGUACUUCGGAAGCAGUUCCGCGUGCAUGUGCGGCUUUGCAGCAAGAGGAUUCACAUUUCGCCACUCACAUGGCAGCCUUACCUCGGGCCAGGUUGCAGGAGAACACGGUGCGGUCAACAUACAUGAUCACUGUUGGUAA